AUGAGUGACAUUCAAUCGGGUUUCAAACAAGUUUUAGAUAACUUAAAUGGAUGCUCGUGGAUUGAAUACGAUAUCCCAAGUCCAGAAAGGCCUUUUGGUUUGCAUUUGUGGCCGAUUUUCAGCAAGGCCUUCGAGUAUGUCAAGGGUUAUCCAGCUGAUGAAUUCGAAUUCGUUCACAACAAGACAUUUAUGGCCAAUGGUUAUUAUGCCAUUGCUGCGAUAAUCGUUUAUUAUAUCGUUAUUUUCGGUGGUCAAGCAUUGCUACGUAAGGCCAAUGCUGCCCCAUUGAAGUUGAACUUUUUGUUCCAAUUGCAUAACUUGGUAUUGACCAGCGUUUCAUUGAUAUUAUUGUUGUUAAUGGUAGAACAAAUCUUCCCAAUGAUCUGGAAUCAUGGUCUUUUCUGGUCCAUUUGUUCCAAGGAAGCUUUUGCUCCAAAAUUGGUGACUUUGUACUACUUGAACUACUUGACCAAAUACUUGGAAUUGUUGGAUACCGUAUUUUUGAUCUUGAAAAGAAAGAAGUUAUUAUUCUUGCACACUUAUCAUCAUGGUGCUACUGCUCUGUUGUGUUACUCUCAAUUGCAAGGUAAAACUUCCAUUGAAUGGGUCGUUAUUGCAUUGAACUUAGGUGUGCAUGUCGUCAUGUACUGGUACUACUUCUUAAGUGCCAGAGGUAUUAGAGUCUGGUGGAAAGAAUGGGUCACCAGAUUCCAAAUCAUUCAAUUCUUGAUUGAUCUUGUGUUCGUCUACUUCGCUACAUACACUUUCUAUGCCAACAAGUACUUCGACGACAUUCUACCAAAUAAGGGUACGUGUUAUGGUACUGAAUCUGCCGCUGCCUACGGUUACUUGAUCUUGACCUCUUACUUGGUCCUGUUCAUUUCUUUCUACAUUCAAUCUUACAGAAAGGGUGCUUCUAAGAAGGGAGAAACUGAAAAUAAAAACGCAGCUGCCGCUAUUCAAGAAUCUGCUACCACCACCGGUAAGUCUAAGACUAGCGGUAAGACUAAGGCUUCAAAGAGAGUUUAA